GGGAAGAAGCCUUUCGAAUGACGGCAUAAAGCAUUUCUUUGAGUAUCAUGGAAGCCUCUCUCUCUCUUUCUCUCUCUGUGAAAUUCUGGAUUUAUUGGCGGAAGUAAGGAGGAAGACCGUAGCUCUUCGCUGAUCUCGGGAGUCAGAAUUGAGCGAGGAAGAGUCACCAGAGAGAGAGAGAGAGAGAGAGAGAUCGCCGCCGGGAAGUUCGUGGUAGCGCCUGUUUUCGCCGACCAUUUGGAUAAUCUGAAAGCAUUCUUUUUUGAGCUGCUUACUUUAUUUAGGCUUUCGGAUAGCUCCGGAAGGAUCGGCCUGCUGUCCUGAAUCCUUGGUUUCCGGUUCCGCAUGGGAUUGUUUUAGUGCUCGUUGUAUUCUUGCCUUUGUUGUUCAAAGCGGCAAGUUUUGUCUGAAUAUUGGCGUUCUAAUACUGUAGAUUACAUGAUACCAACUCUGGAGGUACUUUGUUUGGAGAUAUGGUGAGAUGUGAAGGAUGCAGGAUCGUGAAAUCUUUCCCUUAACAACUUUGCAGAUUGGAGAUAUACAAUCUUAUCUGUCCAGGACCUUCUUGUACUUUGCUACUGAGAGCAGUAAGAUUUUUAUCUUGGUUGACAACAGACCGUGGUUGACUAAUAAAUUAUCGAAACCAAAACAUGUCUGGCAAUAUUUGGUUGCCAAGUACCGAGUAUCUCCUUUUGCAAAUACCAGAGCAAGGCAUAACAACAAUUUUGAUUCAAGAAGCAACAGUAGCCCUGAACUUACUGAUGUUGAUGAGUUGAAAAGACGACAUAGAUGGUCCCCUGUAAUUGAUGCAGCAAAAUGGCGCAAAAAGACCUUUUUCCAGCACAUGGAGCUUUGUCAAACUUUGCAUGGAUUCAUAGUCUUUGAGGUGGCAUGGAAGGAUGUCUGUGGGAUCAAUUAUCUAAAUGAGCUUCAGACAGAUACUAGUCUAGCUUUGGAAGUGAAGCAUAUGAAAAAAUGGGAAUUCAAUACAGUUGAGCAGGCAUCUUCUAGCAUUUCCUCAUGGUUCUCAGGAACUGACUCAGAGAUUCGCUCAUUUGUUUUUAAUUUGGAUCUUCUAUCCAGUCGAGAUUCUUGUCUUGGAUGCCGUUCUCCAAAUGCUGGUUCUCCAUGUUCACUAACUGGUGUCAGGCCAUCGAUGGGUUCCCUCAUAGAGGACAUUGCUCUUGAGCACCUUACUUCAACUCCUAAAUCUGCAAAUGAAACACAAAGGUGUAGUGCAAGUGAUUGCACUGAGAAGAACAUAUUGGCUAAGCAGAGAAGUGCAGGAUGCAUCGCAGAUCACAGCACCCAGAGCUCUGGAGAGAUCUCAGACAUUGAUUCGGUUCAAAAGUCUGUUGGAUUUAAAAAGUUAUUUGGUGUAGAACCUAUAGAAUCAAGUACAGUCCUUGAUGCCACUCAGUAUGGAAAUUCUUUGCUCCAGUUUAGGUUUAAUGACCGUGACCUUCCAUUCAAGCUAAAUGAGAUAAUUACGCCUAAUCUGAGACUUCUUACUUUACUAGAGUUCGGCCUUCCUUCUUGGGUUCUUUUCUUCCAGUCUUAUCCAGUAUUUGUCAGGAUUUAUCGACCCUGGAUGAAGCCUUUAGUAAGGAUACUUUAUGUUGUGGCUUCUAUUGUUACUGUGCUCAUUGCAUCGUAUGAUCUGUACAAGAAUGUUCCAGUUUUCAGGGCAACUGCGGUGUUACUGUUUAAGCCACUUUUUGAUUGGAUAGAGUCAUGGGAUAUGAUUUCUAGGAUUAAGUAUGUUGCAACAAUGCUUUUCCUACACCAUCUCGGUAAAGUUAUCGAGAGGAUUUUAUCAACAUGGAAUUCUGUGAGGCCUUUUGUGUCCUCACUGACAAAGCCUUUUCUAGAGCCACUUUUUGAAGCUGCGGAGUUCCUAUUGCCAUUUUGGAGUACCUUCAUUGGGACAUUAGAGGAUACAUGUUCUUCCAUUUGGAUGGCUCUGGAGGCAACAUAUGUUGCAGCAGUUGAUUUAGUGGAGCUCAUCCUCUGGCCAGUCCAGUCGCUACUUUCCAUGAUUUGGACCAUUGCAUCUUCCUUUGUAUAUCCUCUAUUCUCCUCACUAUGGGAGGUCUUGACGACUCCCAUCCGCAUCCUUCUUGCAUUGGUAAAUUAUGCAAUGUCACUGCUCUCAAACCUGUUUGAGAUAUUAGUGGAUUCCUGGCAAUUGGCUUCUAGCACUUCUGCAGUGAUAGAAGCAAAGGCAACUGCAGAAGAAGUCUCUAUCCUGAAGUCCUUCUGGAAUGUUCUUUAUUCUCAGAUUUUCCGUGCUGUUCGGAGUAUAUUGAAUGGACUUGUUGCAUUUUGUGUUUCUUGCAACCGGCAUCGACUAAGUAUCUACAAUCAUAUGCAGAAGUUUCUCCUUCAGCUUUCUCGACUGCUGCAAAUGGAUCCCUACACUUGUCAUCAUCAAGAAAAGUCUUGUGGACGGUGCCGCGCAGAAGACCACGCCUGCAAACUAAAAUGACGACUGGAGAUUUCCUCGCCAUGAAGGCUAUCGUUUGAGUUGCUGCCUGUUGCAUCAUCAUGUGUACAUUCAUAGUCAGAAAAAGCCAUGAUUUUACGCCGCUUUAGGGUAGGUUUGCUUCACGCUGAACUCGAUCAGAGCUCGAGGGUCCAGCGUCCUGCAAACCUGCUUCCUAGGUUGAAGUUCAGAAGGAAAAUUGUAUAUUCUUACUCUUGUUCAAUUCUCUCUUUCCAUCUAGUGUCUUCUGUUUAUUGUAAUGGUUGAUGCGGAGGGGGAACGAAGAUGUUCUCUGCCACUUUGUAAAUUUCCUUUUUUUUUUUUUGCACGGAAAAAAAUGUAGUUAAUCUGGUUUAAGGCUAUAGAUAAGUCUACGAGA